AUAUUACAUUUAAAUAUGAAAAGCCAAAAUUUAAUAAAUGUGGAAACUAUGUACUGUUGGUUAGUGACGUAUCGUACCCUGUGUUUAAUAACAGAGAAGACCAUACUUACUAAAAUACUUCCUUUUGUUAUUAUAAUUAGCCCUGUUUUACUCAUGUUUAUGAGGACACUUUUUGUUAAAAGUAUCAUCAUUGUGCUCAUUAACUUGGUCUGUGUGCAGAUGGCUGGCCUGUGCUGGUUGACGGUGAUGCUGGCCUUCUUCCUGUCUGCUGAAAACAGUUUGGCUGCUGUGGACCAGAACAGGCUUGAAAGAAUUGUAGAUGGCAUCUUGGGAGAGUACAGAACAGAUUGUAUGUUCAGUCUGGCUGUAAGCAUCCCAGAGAACCAGAACCAGGACAUUGACCAAAUCCUUCAGCAAGUCUUCAGAUGUGACCCUGGUGACAAUGUGAAGAAUAAGAUCAACAAUGAUGAGGUGUAUAUUGGCAGUAGGGUAGUUGCAGCUAAAGUUCUGAAACGGACCAAUAAACCAGAUGAUCAUGCAGAGUCACGUGUUUUGGACCAUUUGAACCAAUUAUUUGAAAGUGGUGGAGCUAAUAAUCAUGAUAUGUUGCUUUUCUAUGUUUACGCCUCCCCGUGUGUAGAAAGAAGAGUAGAAAAUUCUAAGAACAUCCUCACAAGAAUACGUAACAUUCGGCGAUGGAAUAGUUACGCUGUUGUGUUUUCUAAAGUAUUCAAUGGCAAAAAUUGUUGGACAAAUAGGAAUCACCAACGACGUGGAGCCCUUCAGCGGCUUGGGACAUCAAUCGGUCUAGACAACAUAUUCCGUUGUGACAUAAAAAAUGGCAGGAUGCAGUGUACCAGCUGCUCCAUUGGUACUCAAGUUGCACACUAUUGUGUUUCAGAUGACACUUCAUCCAUACAGCUUCAACAAAGCAAUGAAAAUGGCAAUUUUGGUCAGAGUGGCAGUGAAAGAGAAGUGGGUGUGGGCAGAGAAGUGAGUUGGCCCAGAUGGGAAAAAGGCGGAGGAGUGACCUGGUGCAGACUGAGAAAAGGGAGAAGAGUGUGCGGGUACAGAUGGGGAAAAGGCAGCGUGAGGUUGCGAGGAAGGGGAAAAUGGAGAAGAGUGUGUUCAUGCAGAUGGGCAACAGGCAGAGGGGUGAGCUGGCAUAGAUGGGGAAAAGUCAGAGUGAGCGGGCCCAGAUGGGGAAAAUGGAGAAGAGUGUGCUCGUGCAGAUGGGUGAAGGGAAGAGGAGUGAGUUGGCCCAUAUGGGGAAAAGGCAGAGUGAACUGGCGCAGAAGGGGAAAGUGGAGAAAAGUGAGCUGGUGCAGAUGGAGAAAAGGGAGAAGAGUGUGUAGGUACAGAUGGGGAAAAGGCAGAGUGAGGUGGCGAGGAAGGGGAAAAUGGAGAAGAGUGUGUUCGUGCAGAUGGGCAACAAGCAGAGGAGUGAGCUGGCAUAGACAGGGAAAAGGCAGAGUGAGUUGGCCCAGAUGGGGAAAAUGGAGAAGAGUGUGCUCGUGCAGAUGGGUAAAAGGCAGAGGAGUGAGCUGGCCCAGAUGGGGAAAAGGUAGAGUGAGCUGGCCCAGGUGGGGAAAAGGCAAAGUGAGGUGGCGAGGAAGGGGAAAAUGGAGAAGAGUGUGUUCGUGCAGAUGGGUGAAAGGCAGAGGAGUGAGCUCGCGCAGAUGGGGAAAAUGGAGAAGAGUGUGCUCGUGCAGAUGGGUAAAACGCAGAAGAGUGAGCUGGCCCAGAUGGGGAAAAGGUAAAGUGAGGUGGCGAGGAAGGGGAAAAUGG